AUGAGCUCGCUAUUACCGCUUAUCUCGGAGAUUCUUCCGAUGAUAAUGCCCGCCUCCGCCAACAUCACCCGUGCCAAACAACUUGAGCCUACUCACCCAACAGUCGAAGGUCCUGUUAUAGAACGUCCCGCUGUUGUCGGAAAGUGCGAUAAUAUGUGCGUAACUGUUCUUACAACGCGACCGCAUUCCAAGUCUACAGUUAGACACAACAGUGAACAAGGUAAGUUUCUUCAAGCCUGUCUGCCCCAGAUGAGAGCUGAGUCUUCAGACACCAUCAUAUACGCCGUCUCUGGAAAUGGUGUUCUCAUUGUGAACGAGGCUGUCAACUCUGAAUUGAAACACCAUGACCUUGCACCCGGAGACUUUGCCUUUGUGCCCGCCUGGAUCGAACAUCAGGUCAAGAAUGACACAGACGAAGAUGUUCAAUGGCUCAUGAUCCAAAGCGGUUCAACUCCUAUCCGCGCAGACUUGACAGAAUGGGGUGGCGAUGUGAUCCAGUCAAAGAAUUGA